AUGGGGAAGAAAAAGAUGUCAUUGAAACCCGUUCAAAGGGGUUUUGCAACUACCUCUGUUGUGUCUAAGAAGCCUGAUGUUCCUUCGGUAUCUCCCAGUGAGACUGAUCAAGAAGCUGCUUCGAUUACGGGAAUAGAGAAGGACAAAGAAGGAGAUAAACAGAACGCCAAAUUAGAAGCAAGCGCCUCAAGUCCCAUCAACGAUGUAGCGGAUUGGGAGGAUGAAGGGUCGAUCGAAAGGGCUUCUCUACAAUCGUUGGUUGAUAGACUACAUGACAAAGGAGAAAAAGAGGUCGCUCGUAUAAUAAAGGCAAUUGAGUACGAUCGAAGGUUGGCGACCUCAUUUCCGAGACUAGAGCUGGCCGAGGAUGUACGAGAGGAGGUAAUAAAUCGAGUUUUGGAAGAGGAGAAAUUGAUGUCAGAUGGUUCGUCCCAAGCGUCACCGAGAACUAUAAUUGCUUCAGCGCCUGGUACAGAAACCGACAAAAGCCUUCUAAGAUUCUAUAUCAUCUACCAUGUUUUGAGAAAGCUGGGCUUUGGAGAAGACAGGAUAGAGCAAUGUUUGUUGGAAGGAUUGGGUGAAGAGGGUACAUGGGAAGCUGCUUUGGAAUGGAUGUGGACCCAUUUAAGUGAAGAUGAAUGUUUACAACGAGGUGAACAUGCUCGGAAAGAAGAACCAAGCUUGGUCGAAUCCGAAGAGCCAUUGCUGGAAUCCAUCAAGCCUGAAUCCCCUCCUGUAUUAUCAGAGUCUUCUCCGUCUUCCCGCCGACUACAACAUGCAGAUACACCGGAAUCCUCUUCAACGGUCCAAACAUCGCUCUUCCAAUCUCUGGAUGCAGCUCCACCUUCAGAUUCGGAUUCAGAUGAUGAUUUCGAUACAAACAAAAUCAACGAUACCUGGGCAAAGCUCUCAUUGGACCUUGACACCAUGAAGCUGUCAGCGGGAGGUGCUAAAGGGAAGGGAAAGAAAGGAAAGGGCAGCGGCGUUGUGCUGGAAACACCUGGAAUGAGGAGGCUAAAGGAGAAAAUUGGCAAGGUAGAGAAAGAAUACCUGUUUAGCAGGAAAGACGCGGACGUCAUUUUCAAGUCUCUCAAAUCAAACAGAGACUCCGCGGCUCUAGCAGCCAAGUUGAAAGGUGCACCCCUAAAGUCCAACACCACAGAUACCGAUCAAACCGAUGAGAAUGAGGCAUUCCAUACUCAACCUACCGAAUCUUCGUCCAGAGAUAUCUUCAGUGUCGCAGACGAAGAUGAGGAUGGUGACUUAUCUGGUGGCAUGCUUGAUGAGCCAGUCGAAUCCGACAUGGUCGCAGAUCCGUCUUUAUCCAAUACAACGGUGACUGUUCGGUCCAUGGCUAUUCCUCAAUCGUCUUUUGCUGGUAAUAUACCAAAGAACAUCUUGAAAACAACCUUGAAUAAACAGUCAAAGAACGCUAUACUCACAUAUGCUCGUUUAUCAGGUUCAAGUCGCGCUGCUCGAGCUGGCCUAGAGCUUCGAUGGUCAACUGGAAGGAGGAAAGUUUGGCGAAUGGAGGAGAUUGCAGGCAACACCAUGGCUGAAGCGGAAAAUUACGUCUCUACUCUUGCGUUAAGCGAUUUAUCCGCAGAUGGAACGUUGAUCGGAAUAAACUGGAGAACAAUGCCAUCUGAUUACAGGGAAUUAUGGGAGGAGCUGGAUGUGAAACGGAAAGAGAAAGACGAUGUGGAAAAGAGAGAAGUAUGGGCGAAAAUCAAAAGAUUCUACGAGAUGAAAUGCGUGGGUGCUCCACUGGAAGAUAAAACCGAGGCAUCGAAGAGUAGCACGACAACUGGCACCACCACACCAAAUGUCAGACCUGAUCAAUCCUCGGCUGACCGAUUCUCGCAAAAGUUGCAAGACGAUUUUGAGAAACGACGGCAAUCAUUGCUUUAUCAAAACAUGCUACGACAGCGAAACACACUGCCGAUAGCUUCUUUCCGGGAACAGAUAGUCUCAUCCCUUGAGGAUUCCCAAAUCAUAGUUCUCAGUGGAGAGACUGGCUGUGGUAAAUCGACUCAGCUUCCCUCUUUCAUCCUCGAAGAUCAACUAUCAAAGGGCAAACCAUGCAAAAUAUUCGUUACGGAACCCAGACGAAUCAGUGCUAUCUCUCUUGCUCAACGUGUUUCACAGGAGCUCGGUGAUGCUGUUGGUGCCGUCGGAUCAAUUUCCUCUCUGGUCGGAUACUCCAUUCGGUUGGAGGCAAAAGUCUCAGCUUCAACUCGAUUAGCAUUCGUAACGAAUGGUAUCGCUCUACGGAUGCUUGAAAGCGGAUCUUCAGAAGGGUCAAAGGGAACAGCGUUUGACGAAGUGACUCACAUCAUUGUGGACGAAGUGCACGAGCGCUCUAUCGAAUCGGAUUUCCUUCUCAUCGUGCUCAAAAACCUCAUCCAGCAGCGGAAGGAUCUGAAAGUGGUCCUCAUGUCAGCUACAGUCGACGCUGAGAAGAUCUCCAGCUUCUUUGGUGGCUGUCCUUUCCUUUCGGUUCCAGGUCGAACAUUCCCUGUACAAGUGAACUACCUCGAGGACGCGGUUCAAAUCGCCGAUUGGAGAAUUGAUGAGAAUUCACCGUACGCCCUGAGAGGCAGAAACUUCAAACCUGCAGGCCAAAUGGUAGAAUGGAACGAAAAAGGGGCCAAGUCAGAUUCCGAUCCUUCUGAUGAGGAGGCGGACCCCGAUCGUUCAUCUAAUCCAGCAAAACUGUCUUCUACGAGAUAUUCAUCCUCUACGGUCUCAACUUUGAACCUCCUAGACUCAAGGCAAAUACCGUACGACCUGAUUGUGCAACUUCUGGAAAAGAUCUGUUAUGAGGAUACGUCACUCAUACCCUUUUCUCAGGCAACUUUGGUUUUUAUGCCUGGUCUAGCAGAGAUCCGAAAACUUAAUGAUAUGCUGCAAUCGCAUCGUACUUUUGGCAGUAGAGACUUUGUAGUGUAUCCUUUACAUUCAACGAUAUCAUCGGAAGGACAAAGCGCAGUCUUUGACAUUCCCCAAAAAGGUGUAAGGAAGAUUGUGAUCUCUACAAACAUAGCGGAGACUGGUGUCACUAUCCCGGACAUUACAUGUGUAAUCGACAGCGGCAAACAUCGAGAAAUGAGGUAUGACGAGAAACGACAGCUGUCAAGAUUGGUCGAGACGUACAUCGCUCGAAGUAAUGCCAAGCAAAGACGCGGUCGAGCUGGACGAGUGCAGGAAGGAUUGGCUUUCCACUUGUUCACUAAGGCUAGGCAUGAUACUCAACUUGCGGAACACCCCAUCCCUGAGAUGCUUAGGUUGUCUCUGCAAGAUCUCGCUUUGCGGAUCAAAAUUCUGAAAGUCCCCCUUGGUAGAACGAUUGAGUCCGUCCUUCUACAAGCACUUGACCCUCCAUCUUCAGUCAACAUUCAACGUGCUAUCGCUUCUCUGGUAGAAGUGAAAGCUUUAACGACACACGAAGAUAUCACACCUAUGGGACGUUUGUUAUCGAAAUUACCCAUGGACGUUCACUUGGGCAAAUUCCUCCUCGUUGCGGCAAUGAUGAAGUGUCUCGAUCCAGCAUUGACAAUAGCGGCUACCCUCAACUCGAAGAGUCCAUUUGUCACUCCAUUCGGAUUCGAAAGUAUGGCCGAAGCAGCAAAAAGGAGUUUUGCCGUUGGAAACAGCGAUUUCUUGACGAUCGCGAAUGUCUUCGACAGUUUCAGGCGAGCUUCUGAAAAUCCCGGAUUCGUAAGGGUCUUCUGCAAGAAAAACUUUGUUUCUUUACAAAACCUUCAACAAAUAGAAGAGCUUCGACAACAGCUACUGGCAUACCUUGUUGAUUCAUCCUUUGUGGACGCCACGCCCGAACAAAGACGGGAAGUAAGCCAAGCAAGGUUUUCACGUGGUGUUAAAACCCGAUUUGUCAGCGUUCCCCCAGAGUUUAACGUGAACGCAAACGAUGUCAACAUCCUCGGUGGGGCUCUUGCAGCAGGUUUGUAUCCCAAGCUGCUAUCGCUUGAUUUGUCGUCCGGCGGUAGUCUCAAGACUAUCGUCAACCAGCAGCCUGUAGCCAUUCAUCCAGGGUCAGUGAACUUCAAAGCGCCAAAGACCGACUUUGGCACCAACUAUCUCGUGUACUUCACGAUCAUGCAAUCGAAGCGAUUGUAUGCAUGGGAGACUAGUCCCGUAGAUGAUAAAGCUUUAGCACUUUUGUGUGGUGAUGUUGCAGAUUUCCGAGUAUCCGCAUCAUCCCUUCAUCUUGACCGAAAAAUUCGGUUCAACAUCUCACCAAAAUCAGCCAUUGCAAUCAAACUUCUUCGAGAACAAUUUGCUGCUGCCAUGUCAACGAGAUUGAGGGGCAAAAAGUUGUCUGAAAAUCAAGAAAAGUGGUUUGACCUGGGCUUGAAAUGUCUAAAAGUGCAAGUCAACGAGGACGAGGCUAGAGUAGGAGUGGUAUAG